GCGGGCAAGCCACCUGCGGCUCAUUAUCGUGAGGACCCGGCAUAUGCAGACGCUAUGUCGACGGUGAAAGCUGAGCUGGCUUCGAGAGGUGAGCCGGCUUCGAGAGGUGAGAUCUGAAAUGAGCUACGCAGUGACUGAAUCCUACACGGAAGGCGGCAGUCAUGUCAAUAGAUCUAUGUCUGGUCGGGUCGUUCGUGGUGUCGUGCCCUUCAUGGUGUCGCGUCUAUGCCCCCUCGCCUCCCCUCCUCCCCUGCACCCUCCCCUCCUCCCCACCUCCUCUACCUCUCCCUCUCUCCCCUCCCUCCCCUCACACCCCUUCCUCCCCGCCUAGUCGUGUACCCUCCCCUCCCUCGCCACCGCCGCCCUCCUCAACGCCCACGCCAGAUUCUCGUACACGACAAACGUGACGCACGUGCCCGGGAGGACGCGGACGAUGUUUGUGCUGGGGUUGGGUUGGGUGGUGGUUAGUAUUCGUUCGUCGACCCGACACUGCGGGGAGCACUUCCUCAACGCAUCCGCCUCGCCGCGCUUCUUCAUCACAUCACCCUGCACCGCGCCUCCCCAACGCAUUCGUCUACACCUGGUCUCCCCACCGACCGAACGCGCCUCCCCACCGAACGAACGCGCCUCCCCACCGAACGAACGCGCCUCCCCACCGAACGAACACUCACCCCAACCCCCGAUAAAACCCCCGCACGCCCUCCCUCGCCCACGUGCGUUUGAUGGUCUC